UUUCAUCUCCCGCCAUCGGCAUGAGAAGGCGCUUCUUCUCCAAUGGAGCCUUCUCUCAUCCCCCACUGCUCGCCAUGCUCGAACGGUGGCCGAGCUCGCAAAAACUUGAACAAAUCCAUGCUCAUGCGAUCACUCUCGGCCUCUCCCGCUUCACCUACAUCACCAGCCGGAUUCUCGCCUUGUAUGCUCUCCAUAACAAUGGCGUCAUGCAUCAUGCCCACCAACUGUUCGACCUUAUUCCCCAACCAACCAUCUUCAACUGGAACACUAUGAUCAGAGGCUAUUCUAGAAGCCGAGAGCCUGAAACCGCUCUGCGGGUGUAUAUGGAUAUGAAACACAGAGGUGUAUUCCCGAAUAUGCACACUUUUCCCUUUGUGGUUAAAGCUUGUGCUUGUUGUUUGUCCUUGUCGCAGAUUCAUGGGCAGGUUUUCAAGUUUGGUUUUGAUCUUGAUGUAUAUGUGACUUGUUCUUUGAUCAAGUGUUAUUGUGAUUUGGGAGAGUUGGAGCUUGCUUGUCAGGUGUUUGAGGAGAAUUCAAACAGGAAUGUUGUUUGUUGGACAAGCCUUUUAACUGGAUUUUGUGUGAAUGGGCUUGUGGACAGGGGUCGUGAUGUGUUUGAUCGAAUGCCUGAAAGGAAUGAGGUUGCUUGGAGUGCAAUGAUUGCCGGGUAUGUUCAGAACAAGCGGUAUGAUGAGGCGAUUGAAUUGUUCCAUGUGUUGAGAAAGGAUCAUAAUUGUGUGAAGUUCAGUGGCUCUCUUCUUGUGAGUGUUUUGACUGCCUGUGCCAAUUUAGGGGCUUUGGAAGAAGGGAAAUGGAUUCAUUCCUAUCUAGAUUCGAAAUCUGAAUAUGGGCUUGAGCUAGGAACUGCCCUCAUUGACUUUUAUGCAAAAUGUGGCUUGAUAGAAGCAGCAAAGGAAGUCUUCAGUAAGAUGCUUAGCAGAGAUGUGACGGCCUGGAGCGCCAUGGUCAUGGGCUUGGCUGUUAAUGGAUGUUGCCAUUCUGCAUUCCAGGUCUUCUCUGAUAUGCAGAGGAGUAGAAUAAGACCGAAUGCAGUCACUUUUGUUGGUGUUCUUACCGCUUGUAGUCAUGGAGGGUUAAUUGAUGAAGGACAGGCUUACUUUGAAGACAUGCAAAAAGUUUACCGGCUAUCACCCACAAUUGAGCAUUAUGGUUGUAUGGUUGAUCUAUUAAGCCGUGCGGGGAAAACACUAGAAGCCGAAAAACUGAUUCAGAGCAUGCCAAUGGAGCCUGAUGGGGCAAUUUGGGGUUCAUUGCUUAAUGGAUGUUUGAUGCAUGGGCACAUUGAGCAGGGGGAGAGAGUGGGAAGACAUGUGAUUGAAUUGGAUCCCCAGCAUUGUGGAAGAUAUGUAGGACUGGCAAAUGUGUAUGCCUCCAUGGGAAGAUGGGAGAGUGCUCUCAUGGUGAGGAAGACGAUGAAACAAAGAGGAGUUAUGUCAGCUCCAGGGUGGAGUUUGAUCGAGAUGCAUGGCAUCAGCUAUCGUUUUCUAGUUGAUGACCGUAGACAUCCUUGUCAUGAAGAGAUAUGCAAAAUGCUGAGCUAUCUUUACAGUGAAAUGGUAUAUGAUCAAAGUGAAACAGAUGAUCUUUAACACAGUAAAAGAUGUCGACCAGCUUUGCUUCAGCGACCAUUCUUGCUAGCUCAGUCUGCAUUGGCCAACGUUCUGACACCAGAAAGCUAUUUCU